GAAUCCUUCUCCAUUUUGUUCUUUAUAACUCUGCCUGGAGUGGCCCUGUGAAUUUUCUCUGGCUGGAAGAAUCUUCUGAUUCUUGAUCUGUUUAACAAUAGAGUCAACGAGAGCACCCGCAACUUUCUAACGGGAUCUGUUUUGGAUCUUCAUAGUCUGAGGCAUAAUUUGCUUUCCUACUGAUUCUGGCUGGUAACGUGCACAGGAUGAUGGCUUGGUGCUUACGGAAGAAACGGUAUGUGAAAGCUAAGCUCUCAUGGAAGUCUAAGAAGAAAAACUUGUCUCCUUCAGGUAACUGGCAACCAGAGGAUGACAGCGAUGAAGGCAAGAUCGUCUUCUUUGGAGGAAGUAACUAUACCUUUGAUUUGGAUGAUUUGUUAGCUGCAUCCGCUGAAAUUUUGGGGAGAGGUGCUUUUGGCUCAACCUACAAAGUAGCUGUGGAUGAUGAUACAGCCACGGUAGUAGUGAAGAGACUGGAGAGGGUGGUAGUUGGAAGAAGAGAGUUUGAGCAAACAAUGGAGAUUGUUGGUAGCAUCAAGCAUGAGAAUGUAGCUGAACUAAAAGCUUAUUACUAUUCCAAGAACGACAAGCUCGCUGUUUACAGCUAUUACAGUAAAGGAAACCUCUUCGAGGUGUUGCACGGUGAGAACGGAGUAUCGCUAGAUUGGGAGUCUCGAUUGAGAAUAGCGAUUGGUGCAGCAAGAGGACUGGCUAUUAUACAUGAAGCAGAUGACAGGAAGCUUGUCCAUGGGAACAUCAAAUCUUCCACCAUCUUCAUAGACUCGCAAUGCAACGGUUGCAUCUGCGAUCUCGGCUUGACAGCCAUCACGAGAUCUCUCCCUCAGGCUAGCAUUUGUUCUUCGGGUUAUCACGCUCCGGAAGUAACAGACAGAAGAAAGUGCACACAGUUUUCUGAUGUAUACAGCUUUGGGGUAGUGUUACUGGAACUUCUAACAGGGAAAUCUCCAGCGAGUCCGCUACCAGGAGAGGGAAACAUGGACUUGGCUAGCUGGAUAAGGUCAGUGGUGUCGAAAGAGUGGACCGGAGAAGUGUUUGACAUAGAGCUAAUGAAGCAAAUAGGUAUAGAGGAAGAGAUGGUUGAGAUGUUGCAAAUAGGUUUGGCUUGUGUUGCCUUGAACCCACAAGAUCGACCUCAUGCAGCAGAGGUUGUUAAGAUGCUACGAGACAUUCGAACACUUGAUCCAGAGUAGUGAUAGAUAGCUUAAAAAUGUUAAUUCUCAAAGCAUUAUUUGAUCAUUAACUACUGA